AUGGCUCCAGUGCGUAUUUCGACGUCCACCAAGAAGAAGGGCAUAAUUCCUGCGUCGUCGAAAGUGCGCAAGCAACAGCAUCCGAAUAACAUGCAGAACAUCAAUAAUCACAUACUAUCUGACCAAGCAUGUAGGGAUACGGUCGAUGCCCUCGAUGACACGACAGCGCAGAACGACUUAUCCAACUCGCCACCCAUUGGGAAAGGGCGAGCACAUCCUUAUGAGUCACCUAGGAAUCCUACCACUUCCCUCUCUCAUGAGGAGUCAGCGAGAAAAUAUGAAGAGCUGGAGUUUUUGGAUGACGCGGAGAUGACAAUCGCUGAUGAUGAUGCUGAUCCAGACAAUGAUUCCAGUGUAAUCAUCAACCUAACACGAGACCCCAAAUCGGAGCCUACACUAGAGAAGAAUCACGUUUUCCCUUUCUUGAAAUUACCCUCCGAGCUACGUAGGCAGAUCUAUCAAGAACUAGUCCCCUGCGGCUAUGACAUAUUCUAUAACCGAAAUCGCUUCAAAAGCAACCCGAUGUGUGUCACAGCAAAAGACAAGGACGGUAAUGUCUACAAACGCUCCGUCUGGAGGCAAGUGGAAGAGCAAUGGAGGAGCAACAAUCGUAGUCGCGCAAUUCUAGUAGAGUUGACCUUUCCACCCGUCGAAUUUAAUAUCUUUCUUGUCAACAAGGUUAUCUGCAACGAAGCGCGCGUAACUCGUGCACCUCCAGCGAUUCUCUACGGCCAAAAUACAUUCAACUUCACCAUCACCUCCGUGCCCAAAAAAUAUGACAAAACAAACGUCUUUGGCCUGUUUGAUGAUCCUACCAGGAAACACCUCUUGCGCGACCUUCGCAUCAUCGCACUGCACGUCGAGGUCAACGACGGCUCUACUCUUGCGAUCAAGCGCCACAAAGAACGUCUCCAGCAAUUUGUGCAAGAGUUGCAAAAAUACUCACAUGACUCGAACAAAAAAUCUCUCCUGGAAAAGCUGAAGGUAGACUGGUUCGCUACGUCCCUCAACAGAAGAGGCCAUCGGUUUCACGUUCCCGGCAUGUCACGAGGCAUGGGCAUGCGUGAUACCGCCAUCCGCUCCUCGCACGAAGCUCAGAGGAAGUAUAUCUUUGGACUCGAGGGCCUGACUGCUCUAAGCGGUGUGGAAGAGGUGGAAAUCACUGGAGCAUACGUGCCGUCGUGGUUCAUUGAAUGUUUGACACGGUGUCUCAGGGGAUGUGCGGAACUCCCUCGACCUAUUGAUUAUCCGGAGAUUCUGGUCAGGAGAAAGAAUAGGGAUAAGGGAAAUGGAGCUAGGAGGACGUAUAGAAUGGUUGAGAUGACUACGAAGAAAUGGUGUGAUCCGUGGCUGAAUUGGACGGAAUUUGCUGAUGCGGAGGGCAUCGAGAUUCCUGAAAUUGAUCGGUUGAGGCUGAUGGGGCUGGGGUGCUAA